CCUCCCGUGGUCACGUGACUCUCCGUUCGCCAGGAGUCCACUUGCAGAAGCAUCGUUUCCAAAAGAGGCUGGAUGUGGCGGUCCUAGCACACACAACGCCAUCUACCUAAUCUGUUAAGUACAUUGUAGCCUUGAGUAAUUCAUCUUCGACAGCAUUCAUGAAAUAGCUUGAAAUCCAUCGCAGGAUAAAAGAUGAAUUCGCCGUGGGACCGGUGGUACUCGACGAGCUGCUGCCUCUGCUGCCAUGUACGGACGGGCACCAUUAUUCUGGGAAUCUGGUAUAUGCUCAUCAAUGCAGUGGUUCUACUCAUCUUGUUGUCUGCUCUCAAUGACCCAGUUCAGUACCGCUACCACCUUACCAGCUCUGAGCUGGGCACUGACAUCGAUGUCAUGGACGACGCCAAUAUCUGCAUAGCCACAGCAAUAUCUCUACUCAUGAUUCUUAUAUGUGGCAUGGCGACGUAUGGCGCUUAUAAGCAACAUGCCGCUUGGAUCAUUCCAUUCUUCUGCUACCAAAUCUUUGACUUUGCCCUUAAUACGCUGGUAGCCAUUAGUGUGGUGGUUUACCCCAACACGGUACAGGACUACAUUCAGCAGCUGCCGGGGACGUUCCCAUACAAAGAGGACAUCAUGUCCACCAACAACAUGUGCCUAGUUUUUGCAGUCCUCCUCUUCAUUGGCUGCAUCCUCUCCUUCAAGGCCUACCUGAUUGGCUGUGUGUGGAACUGCUACAGAUAUGUGAGCGGCAGGGGUACCACAGAGGUCCUAGUGUACGUCACCACCAACGACACCACGGUCCUGCUGCCACCAUAUGAGGAGGCCAUCGCCAUCCCACCUAAGGAACCUCCUCCCCAGUAUAUCAGUGCAUGAGAAACUUGCG